AGUAGAAUUGAAGCAUCGAAGAAUGAAGAUAAAGAUGAACAGACGGACGAUCCUGUCACGGAUCCGAAAAAAUUCAAACAACUUACUCAUACUUGCUCUGUCCCACUUCCACGAGUCAUUCGUUCCGAUCUCCUUCACCGCGAUAACUUUUUGCAAAGCAUCAACAAGUUUUCAGUUCACCUUACCGGCAUCAUCUCCGAACUAUCAAUGCUUACUUAUCUCACUUGCUUGAAUUGUAGCAAAUCGCCAAAUGGCAACAUCCAGACACCACCAGCUUUAUUCAAUUUUCAUCAUCUUUUCCCGCCAGCGUUUCAAUGGCAAAGCGAAUUUCUCGGGACUUUCAAAAUGAUACCGAUUCCACCGAUACCUGAUGGUUUACAAGAGAGACUGCAUGCGAGAGCCAAGGACGGCAGCAGCAAGAAGCAGCUUGAUGCGCAUGAUGAUCUUCUAUCGUUGCGGCAUUUACAGUUUUUAUAUUCGCGGUUUAUAAGUUCCGCAACAACGAAAAAAGAAUCAAGGGACUUUCCUUCCCUCUGGUUCGAUUGGUGCAAGAGUUUACCGGAAAUGGCGCAAUCGUUUUCGGAUAUGCCUGGCUGCUCUCAAACGAUCAAUGCUGGAGUCAAGGAAUAUUCGACUAACGUCAAAACUUUAUGGUCCCGCGCAGCACCCGGAAAAAUCUUGGAUCGAGUAGUUCGCACUUUAUUACGCAUCCACUUGGCUCCUGUUCGCGAAAAAGCAUACCAGGAAAAACUCAGAAAGUCGACGAUUCGUAAAAGAAACGAUAAACGAAAAUGCCCCCAUGCAACAAAGAAGGCGUUGAAAUGGAGAAUCAAGCAAAAAAUGAGAAGUUUAGCGCAAGCUCGGAAUAGCGAAAAGUCCCUGAUCAGGUUACGCCGGUUGUAUGUUCAAUCUGAGCCAGACAGAGAGGUGACUAUGCACGAUAUCACCGAUGAAAUCGAAACGCUGUAUAUAUCGGAUGUGCCAAAUAUCGAUGAAGAAGAUCUGUUGGAGCUCAUUGAGGAAGAAGACGACGAAGAAGAAAGAUUUGAGGAAGAGGAGGGGAUAGAUAUCCGUCAAACCGAAGAACAACAAACAACAUUCGUUGGCCAUCAGGACCUGAGCUGUCGUCGCUUGAACGCUAUAAAGGCGGUGGUAAAAAAGUUGAUUACGGAAUCAAGUAUUGAUGGAACUGGCACAAAAUCGCGUAUUGACAAGUACACACCGCGAACUAUCUCCUGGACGGACGAGGAAUACCGGGUCAUUAGAUUGAUUUCAGACCAACUUGCACCUUAUUAUCCCAAGAACGGAAAGCUGCAGAAGCACCCUGCCCUCCUCUUACCCUUUAUCACAUUUUCUAAUGUGAUCCUUCGUCUGGCUGGAUACAGCAAAUUCACAAAACGAAUUCAUCCCUCAGUCUCUCCUUCAGCGGAGCAUGUGCUACACCUUGACGAAACUACCAUUUACGAAUUGUUUGGCUCGCAAAAAGGCAUGUAUGAAUUCGUCUCGGAAAACGGCCAUCCAAUUCAAUCCCUGGUGGAAGCGCGGAAGUAUCCCAUUGGUGUCAUUGCAUCCACAUUUGAUUUGGGACAGAUCCAUAAGAUAUGCAAAGGCUAUGGAUUGGCAUUCAAACACCGCAUUUCGACGAAUGGGCACGUGGCCAUUUUACAAGGAGCACGGAUAAACCACCAAUGCUAUGACAUGAUUUCAAGAUACCACAAACGUCAUGAACGUAAGAAAGCACAACCCACUCCCGCGACGGUACAAAACGACAAAAUCAAGGAGCAGAUCGACUCCUUGAGUGAAACAAUCGGUAGCCUGCAAAAACGUCAAAAGCAGAUCGUGACAACCAGAGAAAAGGUCCAAAAGGAGAUGAGAAUUUUGAAGGAUCAAUUUUAUCAUAACCGUUCUGAUGAAAAUUAUGCAAGGUGGCGAGACAAGAAGAACAAGCGUUAUCUAUUGCAACGCCAGCAAAACCCCACCGAGGGAAAUAAACGUGAUACCGUGCUUUCAGUACCCUUUCCUCAAUGCAUGGAUGAAGCGCAACGAAUGGAUAUCAGCCAGUUACAGCAUGCCGUAACUUUUUCCGGAACGGAUUACGGAAUCCAAACAAUGUCGGUGACCGUGCCUUUGACCAUACCGACCAUCAGCAGACACUUGCAGUUAUACAACAGAUACGCUCGUCUUGAAACUUGCGCUGACGUCGAAGAAGGAGACGUUCUUACUGAUUCUGAGCUGUUCCUUCCGAAACCGGUUAAAAUCCGUGCUAAGAACACCGAAGAAAUCUCAUUUGCAAGAAGAAGAAGGCGUGAAAAAUAAAAAAAUGUAUUGUUUUAUUCACAUCUGGAGAAUGGCUGACUGAUUGGAAAAUAGAUGAUUCCUUCGAUCAAAAGCACUGAAGAAAUGUUGAGCCGUAACCCAAUUUUCGCACGCUUGGACGCAGGAAGAAGCAUUGCAUAGUUUCAAAUUACAAGAAGAUGCAAGCGACACAUUGCGUAAUUUUUAUCAUAAUC